AUGUUCGAUUAUACAAGCGGUACCAGCCAACGGUUCCCUCUACCAAUAACGUCUGAUGAAGAAGGUGGUACACCAGGACGCCCAGGCAUCGACUACCCCAUUUUAACUAUAAUUCCUCACACCAAAUUCGAUUGCAAAACUCAAAGAUAUAAGGGCUUUUUCGCUGACCCCGAAACAAGAUGUCAGGUCUGGCACUACUGUGAUUUAAACGGAGGGCAGGCGUCUUUUCUGUGCCCAAACGGAACUAUAUUCUCUCAAGCUGCGCUUACAUGUGACUGGUGGUUCAAUGUUAAGUGUUCUUCAACCACUCAGCUUUACGUACUCAACGAAAGUCUGUAUAAGUACAUAUUACCACAUUCACCUAAAUUCCCAGAGGACUAUAGUGGGCCUUUAGUUGACAAAUAUUUAACGCUAAAGUUUAAAGAAAUGGAAGAAGAGUUUAAAAAAAACAAAAAUAAACAAACGGGUUCAGAAAAACAUGACAGUAGCGGCGAUGAAAAUUCCAGUGAAGAUAAUAACGCUGAUAACAAAAGCUCCAAACCUCUGAAAGAUGAAAAAAAUAAUGUGAAUAUUCAUACGAAUAAAGUCAGUCAAUCCAGCGUUAUUGUAGCAAGUUCUGGUGCCAGUGGAAAUGUGGAAAGACUAGAAGAA